AUGAAAUUAUCCUUAACAGCAUCCUUGGCAUUGGUAGCAACUAUCAAUGCUAUGCCAUUGAAUACCCUUUGGCAACAAUUCUUCAAUACCAAUGAAGACAUCACCUUAGUUGGUGCAGAUGACUCAUCAGUACAGGCAAUGUCUCUUCAUGACACCCAUAGACCUUCAUUUGAUCACGUAAUUGAUGAAACUGAAUACAAUUCCCUUCCAGAAAUCGAUACUGACGAAUUACAGUCGUUAAUCGGUAAAAAAGGUUUGAAAAAGAGAGCUAAAGAAUUAUACAAGAUUGCCAAAUCUUCGGUUCAAGAAUACGGCCAUCCAACUCGUGUGAUUGGUUCUCCUGGUCAUUGGAAAACUAUUAAAUAUGUAAUUAGCGAAUUAAAGAAAUUAAACGGUUAUUACACAGUUUAUACUCAAAGAUUUAAUGCUAUUGACGGGAAAGUCAAAUCAUUCUCCCUUUUGAUUGAUGGCGUACAACCAAAAUCUUUAGCAGCUUUAGGUUUAACCCCACCAACUCCAAAUGGUAAACCAGUUCAUGGUAAUUUGGUCCUUGUUGAGGAUUUCGGUUGUUCAUUAGAAGAUUUCCCUGCAUUCACUAAGGAUAAUAUUGUCUUAAUCAAGCGUGGUGAAUGUCCAUUUGGUGAUAAGUCGGUUAAUGCCGGUGUCUCCGGUGCCAAAGGUGCUAUUAUUUAUGAUGACGCUGAUGGACCAUUGCAUGGAACUUUGGGAACACCUACUGGUAAAGAAGUCGCUACUGUUUCAGUUUCCAAAAAAGAUGUAGAUGAAUAUAUCCAAAAAUUAUUAGAGAAUCCUCGUCAUGAAUUUGAAACUUCCUUAUAUGUUGAUUCAUACAUUAGAAAUAUCUCCACCUUGAACGUUAUUGCUGAAACUGUUUUUGGAGAUCAUGAUAAUGUAGUCGCUCUCGGUGCCCAUUCCGAUUCAGUUGCAGAAGGACCAGGUAUCAAUGAUGAUGGAUCAGGUACGAUUUCUUUAUUGGAAGUGGCUAAACAUUUAACCAACUUCAAAGUCAACAAUGCAGUUAGAUUUGCAUGGUGGGCAGCUGAAGAAGAAGGAUUAUUGGGAUCUAAUUAUUAUGCUGAUAAUUUAUCCCCCAAACAAAAUUCAAAAGUCAGAUUAUUUAUGGAUUAUGAUAUGAUGGCAUCUCCAAAUUUCGAAUAUGAAGUCUAUGAUGCCAACAAUGAAGACCAUCCUAAGGGAUCUGGUGAUUUGAAGCAAUUAUAUAUCGAUUGGUAUGAAUCUCAGGGACUUAAUUAUACUUUGAUUCCAUUUGAUGGUAGAUCAGAUUAUGUCGGAUUCAUCGAGAAUGGAAUUCCAGCAGGUGGGAUUGCAACGGGUGCUGAAGGGGUUAAGGAUGAUAAAUCAAAGGAAAAGUUUGGCGGUGAUGUUGGAAAAUGGUUUGAUCCAUGUUAUCAUCAAUUAUGUGAUGAUUUGAGUAAUCCAAGUUAUCGUGCAUGGGUCACGAAUACUAAAUUGAUUGCUCAUUCUGUGGCUGUUUAUGCGAAAUCUUUGGAAGAUUUCCCUGAACGUGAAGUUUCUUCAGAGAAUGAUGUGACUGUUGAAUCGAGAAAGAAGAGUGGUUUUAUCUAUCGUGGUUCUAGAUUAAUCAUGUAA